GCACAGGUAGAAUGCAUGGCAAAUUAGGAUUUUCAUUCUGAAUGCAAUGGCACUGUGAGAUAAUAGGCUAUUGGAAAUACCAAGGUCAACCACAUUUUAUUGUUAUCAAAUUUCACACAUUCGGACGUUUACGCACGCGAUAAAACUGCAUGCAAACUGACUUGCGUGGAGUCUAAGAGAUCUGACUCUUGAUUUGGCUUGGAGAGAGUGAAAGGUGACUCUCGGCUAUUCCCUCGCUUGAAUGUGCUAUGCUUGCUCCUUCCCGGGUACUUUGAACUUCGCAGCAACACAGAUUUGACACUAAUCUCAUAUUCCAAGGACAUAUUCUUCAUUUAGAAUACAUGGGCAAAUAAUUGAACACAGUUUUAGAGAAAAUCUCUCACACAUUUCAAACUCUUCAAAGCGCCCGCCCCAUCCAUCCUUUUGGAAAGACAGCUAGGCCUACCCACGAUUUUUACCAAACAUUGCUCUAUCUAUCUAGCACACCGAUUGCAGUUGCUCAUAGUAGGGCUGGAGCAAAACCCUGCGCGCCAGCUCUCCGGAAGUAGAGUUACUCAGCGCAUUCUGCAGACAUUAAUUUUAGCCACAACAUUCCUGUAUUCUAGGCAACAUUUACCACCUAUUUAAAAGCAUCUGAUCAGACUCAUUUUAUACCAUGUUUCAUUUGGUCUGUGCAUUAUCACCCUAUUCUCAUAUAUUCGGCCACCUGUUGGGGGGAAAUGGCAUUCUAAAUGGAUCUCAACUACGGGCGGGGCUUAGACGUAGCCAGCCUAUGAUUACAGCACACGAAACACCAUCUGUUGUGUUUUGCUUCCGUGAAAUCCGAGCCAGUAAAUCUAUAUGCUGUAAGUAUAAUACAUUAGAAUGUUCAAACCUACGAUUUGCAAUACAUUUUCAGACAUUCUAUAGUUCUGUGCAGAAUUAAAUAGCAUAGGCUACAGCGUGCAUAAUCUAGUUAUCUUGCAUAUUUUGCAUUCGUUGCAGUGUAAACUACAUUACCUACAUUAUAUAGUCAUUUGAUUUUCCUACUUAGUGUAUUCUGACAAUAGAAUAUGGAGAUUGAUAUGCUAUUAUCAGCUUAAUCUUACAAUAAUAAUCAUGUCAUACCAGUUUAAUAAUAAAUUAAAUAGUGAAUGCAAUGCAAUAACGAUUACAUCACAACAAGCUUUAUGGCUAAUUGGCUUUAGCUUCAAAUAAGAAUUAAUGAUAAAAAAAACAAAUUUCUCUACACUGAAAAUAUUAUGGCAUAAAAUCUAGAAGAGUCGUUUGAAGAACAUCCUCUGUAUGACGACGUUUUUUGAGAGGGCGGGCGCAUUAACGGGUGCAUCAACUUUGCAUCACACCCCCACAGCUGUUCAGCCAUUGGCGUCUUCUCUCUAGGAUUCGUUCUACAGUCCCUAUGUUUUGGUUUAAAUGUCUGGCGCGGGAUGAGUAGGCAAGGUAUAGUCUGGUAUUGUUCGCUGCUAUGUAACAGUUUUACAAUGUAACAAGGCAGGAAUUAAUUCAAACACAUUUUAUUUUUGAUAAGGGUCUAACAAACGGAAAUUAAGAAUGGUUACAAAGAGGAUCCGAACGGAGUAUAUGAAGAGAUUCAAGGACCCGGAAUGGGAAACCUACGCCAAGUGUUAUGAGGAGAUGAUAAAGUACAGACUGACGAGAAGGCUUUUGGAACAAACUCAUAAUCCGUGGUUUUGGAACAGUGACAGUGACUCGGAAUCCAGCAGGUCCACUCCUCAAAAUAAUAAAGUUGGGCCAUUGGUCCUAAAAGAAGAAUCACAACAAGAAUGUGAGAGAAAGAUUCAGCCUAAAGAACCAUUGGAACAGAAGAUCCCCAUUUCAGAAGAACUGCAAGAAGAAGUUGCUUCUCCGGAGACCUCGCCACCCAUUGAUGUACAGGGUGCUGUGGACAGAGGCUGUGGAGAGAUAGAGGAAGAGAAGCUGGGACAAGGAUUAAUUGCCUCUGAGUCAGGGAAGAAGCCAGAGGCCCAAACUAAAACCAAACAGUCCAGAAAGCCCCUCAGGGCAUGGAGCCAGCUACAGAAGCCCAAAGAGACUGACAAGAAAAACAGGCACCCAUUUGCCCUGUAUGGAGGGGGUGAUAAGCCAGCUGAGAUGGCUAGGAAGAAAACUCACAAUGUGGGUCCAGCUGCAUCAACCAAGGAGAUCCACCAGUCUGCAUUACGGGCCAAAACCAGACGGGAGGUUGAGAAGCAGGUGCAGAAAGUGGACAAGUGGAGAGUGCGGUCUGCAGAGCUGGAGAAAGUGACCAUGACCAAACCUGACUUUGACCCCUGGAUGACAGAGUACAUGCGCUGCUUUUCUGCCAGGUCCUGAUAGAUAUACAGUGAGGGGGGGAAAGUAUUUAAUCCCCUGCUUUUUUUGAAAAACGCAUGUCAAAAAUAUUACAACUUGAUUUGC